CGGUGCCGGUGCCGCGGCGACACCAUGCAGCCGCGGCUCUGGCUGCUCCUGGCCGCGCAGCUGGCGGCUCUCCACGGUGGCUCUGCCUUCCAACAGACCCCUGGGUUCACGGUGGCUCUGACCCACCAAGUGGUGACGCUGUCCUGUAAGACCACAACCUCCUCGAGCCAAGUGCGUGUCUUCUGGCUGCGACAGCCCCAGCCCCCCAGUGAGCACAGCUGGUACCAGUUCCUGGCCUCCUGGUAUCCACAAAAAGGGACGACAUAUGGAGAGGCAGUGGCCAAGGAGAAGCUGACUCCGUUCUCAAAUGCCACCGGGCACUUUCUCAACCUCACGAGCGUGAGGCCUGAGGACAGUGGCGUCUACUUCUGCAUGACUGUCGGGGCCCCUGAGCUGACCUUCGGGAAGGGAACUCGGCUGAGUGUGGUUGAUGCUCUUCCUACCACUGCCAAGCCCACCAGUAAGUCUGUCCCCAAGAAAAGAACCUGCCAGCGCCCUAAGCUGACAGCCCAGAAGGGUCUGCCCUGUGGCAUUGUCACCCUCAGCCUGCUGGUGGCCGGCAUCCUGGUCCUGCUGGUGUCCCUGGGCGUGGCCGUCCACCUAUACUGUCUGCAGAGGAGAACCCGGCUUCGCUUCAUAAAACAGUUUUACAAGUGAGCAGACUGCACCAACACGAGGAGACAGAUAUCGGUCAGCAAUAGUCCGCACAAGUGGGAGAGGGUCAUUCUUGCUUCGAUGAUCACCCUCUCGAGCCGCCCGCUUUUAACUACAGCAAGUUCUUUCUUCAGGCCUCGCAUGUGGGAGCAGUUUGUGAGGCCCCAGGCCUCGGGUCCCCACCAAGCUGGCUGGGCGCUCAGCAACACCACCAUGGCACCUCUUCUGGCUCCUGCCCUCCCCCCGGGCUUUGGUGGGGCCCAGUAAGCCACCAUGGCUGCCAUUUGCUUUUCCUGGCAGAGUGGUGACAUUGGCUCCUGGGGCUCGUGGAAUGGAGUUGGGAUGGCCUCCUGUGCGUUCCCAGGCCAAGGCCGAUGUCCUCCCUGCCCUCAUGGUGGGAGGCCAGCUAUGUUGAAGGCUCCUGGCAGCC